AUGAGCGACUUAUCCUUCCGCAAAGCAACACCAUCCGAUGUGCCAUCGCUGCUCAAGCUCGUCCAAUCUGCAUACCGCGGCGAGGCCAGCAGGGAAGGCUGGACCACCGAGGCUGAUCUCGUGGUAGACGACCGCAUCGAUGAACCAGGCCUGCUCGCCAAGAUCAACCAGCCCCACGGAAGAGUCCUGAUUACUUUUGCGGCGGCUUCCUCGCCCGCGGGCUCUGAGCCCUUGGCGUGUUGCGAGGUCACUGCUCUCGAGGGGUCGAGCGAAUCAGCGACGCUGGGCCUCUUCGCUGUGAAUCCGAAAUUGCAGAACGGAGGAAUCGGUCGCAGGGUGCUCGCGGAGGCGGAGAGGUGUGCGAGGGACGAGAUGGGCAUCACGGCCAUGGAGAUGAAUGUUGUCUGGUCGAGGGCUGAGUUGCUGGCGUGGUAUGAGAGGCGAGGCUACAAGGUGGUCGAGGGCGAGACGCGCCCGUUCCCGUAUGAUCACCUGCCGAAUGGAAGGGCUGGAGCGUUAAGACAAGACUUGUAUUUCAAAGUUUUGAGGAAGCAGUUGGUUUGAGAUUUGUAUUCGGCUCUCACCGUCCCAGCUCCUCGACUGUUUUCCCUGUCUUUUACUUCUUAUAGACUCAUGAGCAAUGAAGUAGAGGUCCGUACUUGAAUUU